UCAAACUACAAACUAGCCUCAAAAAAGUAAAGUCAUUUUUUUCUUGUUGUUCCCUUUUCUUAGUAACAUAUUUUUCUUAGAUCAGAUGGAACACGUGGUCCGUACAGUAGACUACAGAUAGGUCUUACACGUGUUACAGAGAUUUUCUUUUUUUUUUUGCAUUGCUGUUACCAGAAUUCAGUCAGACUGCUGAAGAUGCUGAUGCUGAUGUGGAUUACAGUGUUGAUUUUUCAGAACACUGAGUCAACACAGAAAAAUCAACAAGUCCAUCAGCCAGACUCAGUGAUUCAUGCUGAAGUUGGUGAAAGUGUGACUCUGCACUGCUUUCGACCGAGAGAAGAAACUGCUGGAUCCAUCGCUUGGUACAAGCAAAAGUUAGGACAUGAGCCUCAGGCUAUGGUCACAGUUGAAUAUGAACCUUUUUACGAAAAGCAGUUCAUGUCACCAAGAUUCAGCAUCAAGAGAGAAAACCGAAGCGUCCAUUUAAAUAUUGCGAACGUGGAGCCAUCAGAUGAAGCCGUGUAUUACUGCAACAUUGUGAAUUUUUUAACGGUCUUCGGAAACGGAACAUUUUUAUCGGUGAAAGAUGACAGAGAUGUAAAAGUGAGUGUGUGGCAGAGCGGCAUGUUGGACUCGGUUCCUGCAGGAGCCUCAGUGACUCUGCAGUGCUCGGUUCUCUCUGAGAGCAGAGCAGCAGAACUCCAAGUGCUCUGGUUCAGAGCUGCUCCACCACAAUCCCAUCCUCAAAUCAUUUACACUCAUCACAACAGCAGCCAUCAGUGUGAGAGCGGCUCUUCUACACACACCUGUGUGUACAACUUCUCCAAGAACAUCCUCAGCCUCAACGAUACUGGAACUUACUACUGCGCUGUGCUCCUGUGCGGGAAGAUCGUCAUCGGGGACGGGACACGGAUACAGAUGGAUGUGAAGACUCUCACAGAGCAACAUUUCAAGGGAUCUGAUGCUGUAGUGAUCUGCCUUGCUGUAGCGUUGACAGUGUCUGUGAUAAUAAAUUCUGCUCAAGCUGUUUCAUCCUGUAAAAAAUCAUGCACAGUGAAACUUUCACACCGUUCUACGACAGAUAAAAUGCACAAUCAGGAUGGUGAUACAGUGGAGGUGAUUUACGCUGCGGUAAACUUCAGUGAAAAGAAAACCAAAAGUGGAAGCGCAAAAAGAGAAAAACUACAAGAUGCUGUUUAUUCUCAAGUGCUAAACAUUCCUGUUAUUUAAAUCAAUGUUUUUUUUUUUUUUAUUUCUUAUUUUAUUCACAGAUAAAUGCUGUAGGUUUGCUGGUUGUAAACA